GCCAAGCUGAUCGUGCCCAACAGCACGGCGGGGCUCAUCAUCGGCAAGGGGGGCGCGACGGUGAAGGCCAUCAUGGAGCAGUCGGGCGCCUGGGUGCAGCUCAGCCAGAAGCCCGAGGGCCUCAACCUGCAGGAGCGCGUGGUGACGGUGAGCGGCGAGGCCGCCCAGCUGCACGCCGCCGUGCGCGCCAUCGUGCAGAGGAUCCAGGAGGACCCGCAGAGCAGCAGCUGCCUCAACAUCAGCUACGCCAACGUCGCCGGCCCCGUGGCCAACUCCAACCCCACCGGCUCGCCCUACGCCGGCCCCGCCGACGCUCUGCCGCCCGCCGCCGUCCUGGCCGCGCCGGCCGCGUUGGGCGCCUUCGCCGCCGCUCCCGGUUUCUCCGGCGGCGACCUCUUGGCCAUCGGCGCCGCCUUGAACACCUUGGCCGGUUACGGCUACGGCCCGGCGCCGGCCUUGGGCUUGGGCUCGGCCGCCUUGGCGGCGGUGGCGGCCGGGGCCACGCCGGCGGCGGCCGCCAACCUCUUGGCCUCGUACGCGAACGAUGCGGCCGGCGGCCCCGGCGCGCCCGCCUUCGCCUUGGGCUCCUUGGCCAACGGCUACUUGGGGCCCGCCGCCCCCUUGGUGGCCGCCGGCGGCUCCUUCCUGGCCGCCGAGAAGCCGGCGGAGGGGGCCAAGGAGCUGGUGGAGAUCGCGGUGCCGGAGAACCUGGUGGGAGCCAUCCUGGGCAAGGGGGGCAAGACGCUGGUGGAGUACCAGGAGCUGACGGGCGCCCGCAUCCAGAUCUCCAAGAAGGGCGACUUCAUCCCCGGCACCCGGAGCCGCAGGGUGACCAUCACCGGCCCCCCCGCCGCCACCCAGGCCGCCCAGUUCCUCAUCAGCCAGCGCGUCACCUACGAGCAGGGCGUCCGGGCCACCAACCCGCCCAAGGUGGGCUAGGGGUGGCCGCCGUGCCCCCGGCCGGGCGGCCCCGUGGGCCUGGUGGCGUCUCCGAGGGGACAG